GGCUCCUCCCCGGCCGCCAUCGGCACCGGCGGCAUCACCGCCGCCAUCGGCACCGCCGCCACCAUCGGCACCAUCGGCUCCAUCGGCAUGGCCUUGCGGGCGCUGUGGCUCCUCAGGCACGACCCGGCGGCCGGUGGCGCCGUGCUCUUCUCCAGGCGCUACCCCACGGUUGAGCUGCGCGCCGAGACCUUCAACGGCUCCACACACGUCCCUGUCCCCUCGGACAGCGCCUUCCUCAAGGCCCUGCUCUUCGAGCUGAGGCUGGUGGACGAGCACGUUUUCGUGGAGCAGCGGGACACCUGCACCCGGAUCAACCAUUCCUGCGUGCAUUCCGUGUCCACCGCCGCGGGGGAGCUGUGGCCCGUGCUGGCCUUCCACAAGAGCGGCCUCAUCUACGCCUGUGUCCCGCUGGUGGAGGGGACCCUGGAGCCACGGCCACCCCUCCUCACCGUCAGCGGGCUCUCGCAGGGACUGGCUCUGUUGUUGGGCAUCGUGGACUACGUCUCUCCCAGCCGGAAAAACGAGGCUGAGCUGAACGCAAAGAUCGGGCAGCUCCGAAAUCUGCUGGUCCAGGCCUGUCCCCUGGGCACCCCCCUGAACACCAACAUCCGCAGCCUGAGCAGCUCCUUCGAGGACAUCCAGGAGAUGCCUGCGGAUAAGGAUCAGCCAGCCUGGAGAUCCAGCACCUACAAGGGCAAACCUCAGGUUAAUGUCUGCAUCACUGAGAAGGUCAAGUGUAUGCAGUAUGACCAGAGGGAUGUGGUGGACACGUGGCAAGUUUAUGGAACUGUGAACUGCAAGUGUGACAUAGAGGGAUCUGCACCAAACGUCACCCUCAGCCUGACCCUCCCCACAAACGCGCCCCCGCUCCAAGACAUCGUGGUCCAUCACUGUGUGACUUCUGUGGACCCUGCCAUGCUGAUGUCCACCAGUGUCGAGCCUCUGCAUGAUUCUGUCUACAAUGGGCCUUACAAAUUCCCUUUCAUUCCUCCUUCAGAUUCCUUCAACCUCUGUUACUACACUUCCCAGGUUCCUGUUCCACCAAUUUUGGGAUGUUACCAACUCGUUGAAGAGGGAUCACAGAUAAAAAUAACGGUUAAUUUAAAGCUCCAUGAAAGCAUAAAGAAUUCUUUUGAGUACUGUGAAGCUCGUAUACCUUUCUUCAACAGGGGCCCCAUUGCUCAGUUAGAGUCCAAAGUUAGUUAUGGCCAACUGGAUUUAUCCCGGGAAAAGAGCCUCCUGGUUUGGGUCAUUGGACAGAAGUUCCCCAAGUCUUUGGAAGUUUCCCUGACUGGAACUGUGUCUUUUGGCACCGCAGGCAAAGAGCACCCGACUGAUUACGUGUGCACUGGGAACACUGCUUAUGUAAAACUGUAUUUUAGGAUCCCAGACUUUACACUUACUGGAUGUUACGUAGACCAGCAUUCUGUUCAGAUCUUUGUUCCAGGGAAGCCCAAAAUUACUGCAUGUACAGACAUUGAGAUCUCCAGUUACUCCCAGUUACUUCACUGGUUUCCCAUUGCAGGAUGGGAAAGGUUUUAGCAUCCUAUUCCUGUCCUGAAGUGACAAGAAUCUCAUCCAGCUCCAGAUUCAGAGACCAGUUCAAAGCAGAAAUUCUUUAUUUGUACAAGAUGUAUACAGAAUACACACCAGUCAAUAGUUUACAAGGACUUCCAAGAGGAUGAGUCUGGCAUGAGCAGCACUUCUGAAAGUGGAGGCAAGUUUAAUUAAGGAAUCUUUAUUGCUUCUGCCAGUAGAAGUGGUGAGUUACCUUGCAGACAUGUCUGUGAACUGCUUGCUGUGAAAGCAGAGGUGUGAACUGUGUUUUUCAGCUCACAAGACCAGUUCUGAGGAGACAAAAUCAGCCAAGCUUGAGGAGAUUCCAGAAACCAUCAAUGAGUUUUUCCAGGAAAAGUUGGCGGAAAAAGUUUCAAUUUACAGAUGCAAACCUUGGAUUUUGAAAUCUGCAGGAACACAGGAAAUGGACUUUAGGAAAGUUAUCAGGAAAUGUGCAGAUUCUGAAGGGCUGGUGAGGAGCUGCCAGAACCUGGAGAGCAGCACAAAAGCAGAGGAUGCUGAGUCCUAACAGAGCUGCUCCUGCCCUGCCUCGUGUUUCACUGUGCUCUGUGGGGUAAAUCAGAUUAGGGAUUGUGCAAGGAGGGGAGUUUUAAGCUAUAAUCUGAAAAAUACUUAAAUUGAUCAUCAGAGUAAUCUGAUGGGUUAGUUAAGUGUUCUAGAGGGUGGAUUUGUUCCUGUGAAACACAGCUGAGCUGAAACUGCUGUGCAAACUUAGCAAACAGAGCUAUGCUCUGUGCCCAGUUUCACACAGGUGAUGUGUCUGUUCUGUUCAGCAGCAAAAGGGGAGUUUGUGAUUUUGCCCAGGACCCAGCCCCUCCCUGCUGGAGUUGUCCACGUGCCUGGACACCACAGUGUGAGUGGGAAGAGGAGCUCUCUCUGCAGGAAGGGUUUAGAGCAUGUUCUGGACACCAGGCCACGGUGUUUGGCUUCCACCUACCCAUGAGAAAGGUGGGAGCUCUGCUCUGCACAGCAGCACUCUGCAGGAGUGGAUUUUUUUACUCAAAUACCCCCCAGUAAAUUCUGGGAAGCAAUGGCACUACCUAAAUUCAUGGUAUCUUAGGAGAUCCUUUGCACUUAAUAGAAGGGAAUUCUUCUAAAUCCUGAUCCUUUGUUUCCUCUUGCCCAUGUCUGACUCUUUCAUGGUUGAAAAUUUCAUGAGUUGUGGUGCUCAGAAAUGGAGGGCUCUGGCUUUGAUAAGCUAAAAAUGCCAUUUAUUUUACAGAAGCUGUGAAUUGAAAUGAUGAACUGGAUGUAUGAACUGUUUUGCACACACCCAGAAGGGCAGGUUUGGAGGGAGGGAGGGGGAGGUGACAUUUCCCUUCUAGCCCUGAGCAGUUUUUCACAACCUCACAUCAGCCAUCACCUGUUUUGAUUUGUUAUCAAGGUUUGCUCCAUAAUUGCUGCAGUGCUCUGCUCAGGGACAGCUCUGCAGUGAGAAAAGUGGGGGAAGGAGCCCUGUCUGCCUUUUUUAAGAGUGGCUGAGAUCUCUCUGCAGAUGUGAGUGUGCAGCACACCUUGUUCUUUGGAAAGCACCAGGAACAGGGAAGGCAGAAAAACACACCAGCACACAGCUUCAGCCAGCCUUGUGCAACCCCUGUGGGACACCCAGGCUGGGGGAGAAGCCAGAGGGAGAGCUUCUCCUGGCCUUUGGAAGGGCCCAUGCUCAUGGAUCCUCCAUAAAUAUUAAUAAGUUAUUAAGUAGUAAGCUUAGUAGUAAACUCACUAAAUUAGGGGACUCUGGGUAGAUAACACUGGAAGAGUUCAAGGAGUGACAAAUGACAAAAUUUUCUGUAUUUCUCUGUUUGCUCUAGUUGGCCAGAUAAUUUCACUGUUUCUUUAUGUGCUCUGACCACUUGUCCUGUUUUCUGAAAGGAGAAAAGCCCUUCAAAACCUAAAUCAGGAAGAUCUGAUGUAGAGCUCACAUGAGCCUGAGGACUCCCAGGGCAGAGCUGGUACCUAAGAGAGGUUCUGGUGAGCUCUAAAGGUGAUCAAGUUCAGUGGUGUUCCUUUAACUCUUUAAUAAAAUAAACAAGUUUUUAAUCCAA